UUUAAGAGCUGAGAUCAACGCUUAAAUGCUCAGAAAGACAGAAAGAACUUCUUGAAACAUACACUCUGUACCUGCUGUGAAAGAGGUACUGGUUUGGAUCUGUGCCCUGCUUUCUUUUUAUCCUUGUUGAGAGAUAACUAAGUAAGCGUUACAGAGUGUGUGCUGAAAAAUUUGAAACUCGACCAUAGAAGAAGAAAACGUAUCUGAAGAUGCAGAGUGGCCUGGUUCUAGCCACACUUUUGUGUAUCAUCACAUGGAUUAACGUGGUUCACACAGUCAAUGGACCUGUACAGAACUGUCUAUGUCAAAAAUGGUCCAAAACCAGAGUCCGUCCUGAAAAUGUGCAGAGCUACACCAUUCAGAAGGAAGGUGCCUGUCCCAUCAAAGCAAUAAUGUUCAAGACAGUCAAAGGAAAGAUAAUUUGCUCCAAUCCUGACAGCAAAUCCGCAAAAAAAAUCAAGAGGAAGGUGGACUUAAAGACAAAAGCUAAAUGGGAGGAGAAGCAGAGGGAAGAAGAAUCAUCAACUUACAUGACAGCAACUGAGUCCUUGGUAUCUACAAAAUCAUCCCCAACGAGAGCCAGAACCAUGAAGAUUCAACGCUGGAAAAGAUCAAGGCAACUGAAGAGGUGGCAGAGAAAUCGGGCCUGAGAAAAUGCUAAAUUAAAUCAGUUUUUACCACAUAUUCAAACGUUAAUUCAUUAGCUUUUACUAACAUUAGCUUUCCCACCUUACUGUAUCCCAGGGUACCACAUCUUCCACAAAAAACAGAUUUGCCUGCAAUAUGUAUUUAAAUACAAGUAAACAUUUUGCUAUUGUAAAUAUAUGUAUAAAAAAUAUAUACAGUAUAUAUAUAUUUCAAUGUUUCCCACUGUAAUUUUGCCAAUAAA